GUCAAAAUCGUCAAGAUGAAAGCCUUCGCACUUCUCGUUGGUCUGCUCGCUGUUGCCAGUGCCAAAUCGAUCGAUAUCGAUUGGUCCAAUGUGCGCCCGAUCGAGGAGUUCGAUCACUACUGGGCUCGUCUGCCGGCUGAGUUGCAGGUCUACCGUCACAUGCGGCCAUCGGCACGCGUCACCAACGGUCAGGAGGCUACUCCCGGACAGUUCCCAUACCAGAUUGCGCUCAUCAGUGAGUUCAUAAUUACCAGCGGUUUGUGCGGAGCAUCCGUCUUGACCAACAACUACAUCCUGACCGCUGCUCACUGCGUUGUUGGAACGGCUGGUAUCCUGGCCACCGGAGGUACCGCCAUCAUCGGUGCUCACAACCGCAUCAACGUUGAGCCCACGCAGCAGCGUAUCCGCUUCUCUGGUCCGGGAGUGAUUCCGCACCCGCAGUACGAUCCAAGCAACAUCCGCAACGAUAUCGCCGUCGUGCGUCUUGACUCGCCGAUCACCUUCAACGAGCGCGUCCAGCCAGCUCGUCUUCCAGCCCGUUCAGACACCCGUCAGUUCGGAGGAGUCUUGGGAACCGUUUCCGGAUUCGGCCGUACCUCGGAUGCCAGCCCGGAUGUAUCCAAUGUCGUGAUGUUCACCACGAACCCGGUCUUGACCAACGCCGACUGUCUUGCCCAGUGGAACUCUCCCGCGAUCAUUCAGCCCCAGAACGUGUGCUUGAGCGGAGAGGGUGGUCGCUCGGCCUGCAACGGUGACUCUGGUGGCCCGCUGGCUGUUCAGGAUGGUGGAAGCCUCCAGAUCGGUGUAGUGUCGUUCGGAUCGGCCGGUGGCUGCUCGAUCGGUAUGCCUUCGGUCUACGCUCGCGUGUCCUUCUUCCUCGAUUUCAUUGAGGCGAACUCUGACUUCGUGGCCAGCGCUUAA